CCUACUGGAGUUGUCCCGUUUUAUUCGAGCGCUUCCCCAAAUUUCUCGUGAUCGUCCCUCGUCUCGUCCUUCUCAGUCCGAUUUGCUUCGCCGGGUCUGUGGAUUUUGUUCGUCGUGGCUGCGGAAGGGGAGGAAUUGGUUCUGGAGGCGGAGGAGAUGACGUCGGGGACGAGGAUGCCGACGUGGAGGGAGCGGGAGAACAACAAGCGGCGGGAGAGGCGGCGGCGGGCGAUCGCGGCGAAGAUCUACGCCGGCCUACGGGCGUACGGCAACUACACGCUGCCCAAGCACUGCGAUAACAAUGCCGUGCUGAAGGCCCUCUGCGAGGAGGCCGGAUGGACCGUGGAGGAGGACGGGACCACCUACCGCAAGGGAAGCAAGGCACUCAAAUGUGUGGAAAGUGUUGGACCAUCGGCUUCGCCAAGCCCUUGUUCAUCUUACCAGCCAAGUCCUAGUGUAUCCUAUAAUCCGAGUCCGUCCUCAUCGACCUUGGCUAGUCCUGCAUCAUCAACUUUGAUCACAAAUGGCAAGAAUGCUAGUGGUGCUGAAGGCAAUUCCCUCCUUCCAUGGCUGAAAAACCUAUCUUCUUCUGCCUCCACUUCUUCCAAAAUACCAAACCUCCCGCAUUUGUACAUACAUGGGGGAUCCAUAAGUGCACCUGUAACCCCUCCGCUGAGCUCUCCGUCUGUGCAAUCCCCACGCAUCAAAAAGGAUUGGAAUGAGCUAAACAGCCAACCACCUUGGUCUGGUUUCAACCAUACUUGCUUGCCAUCAUCCUCCAUGCCCCCAAGCCCUGUUCGACAGGUUACCCUUGAUUCAUCCUGGCUUGCUGGCUUACGUCUGCCUUCGGGUGGCCCUUCUUCACCCACAUUCACACUUGUAGCACCUAAUCCUUUCGGUUUUCGCAACAAAACUAGUGACUCCAAAAUGUGGGCUCCAGGACAGAGUGGGACUUGCUCUCCAGUCCCUGGUGUGGACAACCAUGGUGAUGUUAGGACAUCUGAUGGCGCUUCAGAUGAUUUUGCAUUCGGCAGCAGCAGUAAUAGCACUCCUACAGCUGCUGGAUUGGUGAAAGCAUGGGAAGGGGAGAGGAUCCAUGAGGUCUGUGCCUCAGAUGAGUUGGAGCUCACUCUCGGAAGUUCGAAAACCAGAACAGUUGCUUGAACGACAAUGGUGAAUCACACGAUCCGCUUCCUAUGUUAUUAUUUUUGAAGGAGAAAGGGGAAGUCUUUAUUCAUCCAGUGUUCUGAGAGAUUGUUGAAAUUCUGAAUUAGCUAAAUAGAGGAUUCGAAAGGUAAGGUUUUAGUUUCUUAUCUUCAGCCUCGUUGCUCCUCUUUAGAAAAAUUUAGAACUAGAAGAUGUGAUCUUUCCCUUAAUUCUAUUGUAUGUGGGUUGUGGUAUAGUUUUCAUCAACAAAUGAAAUCUUGUUUAUGUGUUUAAACACAAUGAUUAGUUACUAAACUUCACGAGUGUUCAGGAAUAUGAUCCAGUCUUAAGUUCUGCACUUCUGCUUUGAUUCGUUAGUGCCUA